AUGAGCUGUGGCUCGAAGCAGCCCCUGAAGAGCUGCCUGCGAGGGAGCAGCAGUGGCGGUGCCAGCAGUGGGGGAGGAGGAGGGGGCAGCUCGCAUUCCUCGGCCUCCUCCAGGAGGAUCUCCUCCAGGAGCAGCGGCGGUGGCAGGUUUUCUGGCAGCAGUUGUGGUGGAGGAAGCUCCCGGAGCAGCUGUGGUGGGGCAGCUGGUGGGUAUGGGAGUAUCAGGCGCAGCAGCUACGGAGGAGGGAUGAGCAGCCACAGCUGUGGAGGAGGGAUGGCUGCCGGAUAUUGUGGAGGGGGAAUGGGAACGGGCUUCAGGUCAGGGGGGAGCGGGUUUGGUGCUGCUUGUGGAGGAGGCUUUGGUGGAGGUGGUGCUGGUUUCAGCGGUGGCAGCUUUGGCUUCCAUGGAGGGAACGUGGGAAUUCUCUCCUACGACGAGAAGCUGACCAUGCAGAGCCUUAACGAGCGCCUGGCUUCCUACAUGGAGACGGUCAGGAAUCUGGAAACGGAAAAUGCUCAGCUGGAACAAUUAAUCAGGGAGUGGUACCAGAAGCAAGGUCCUUCUGGCCCAAAGGACUACAGCCACUAUUAUGGACAAAUUGAAGAACUUCAAAGCCAGAUCGUGACUGCGGCUGUGGACACCCACAAGGUACUUUUGGACCUGGAUAACACGAGGAUGACUGCAGAAGACUUUAGAGUAAAGUACGAGACCGAGUGUGGGCUCCGGCAGAACGUGGAGGCCGAUCUCAACAGCCUGAGGCCCCUCUUGGACAGCCUGACCCUGUGCAGGUCCGACCUGGAAAUGCAGUUCGAGUCUCUGAAGGAGGAGAUGAUCGAUGUCAAGAAGAACCACGAGGAGGAAAUAAAACAGCUGCAAUCCCAGUCCAGCGGGGAUGUGAGUGUGAAGGUCAACGCUGCUCCAGGAGAGGAUCUGCUGAAAAAGCUCAAUGAGAUGAGACAAGAAUAUGAAGCCAUUAUUCAGAAGAACCAUGCAGAGGUUGAAAAGUGGUAUGAAAGCAAGAUGGAGGAAGUGAGCCAACAAGUCCACUCAAGUGGCCAGGAGGUGGAAUCAAGCAACCGGCAGAUCUCUGAGCUGAGACGUGAAUAUCAGAGCCUGGAGAUUGAGCUGCAGUCGCAGCUCAGCAUGGUCGACUCUUUGCAGUCCAACCUGGAGGACACGGAACGUCGCUAUAACAUGCAGCUGCAGCAGAUCCAGUGCAUGAUCAGCCCCUUGGAGGAGGAGCUGGCCAGCAUCCGCUGCGAGAUGGAGAGCCAGAACGAGGAGUACAAGAUGCUGCUGGGCAUCAAGACCCGCCUGGAGCAGGAGAUCCAGCAGUACCGGGUGCUGCUGGAGGAGGGGCAGCAGGACCUUGUAAUCCCUUCAGGAGGAAUUGGAGGAGGCAUGGGAGGUGGUAGAAUAGGAGGUGGUGGCUAUUCUGGAGGAGGAAGAGGAGGAGGUGGUAGCAUAAGUGGUGGAUAUGGUGGUGGUGGCAGUGGAAUAGGAGGAGGAAUCGGAGGAGGAAGUGGUGGAGGAGGAAUCGGAGGAGGAAGUGGAGGAAUAGGAGGAGGAAGUGGAGGAAUAGGAGGAGGAAGUGGAGGAAUAGGAGGGGGAAGUGGAGGAAUAGGAGGGGGAAGCGGAGGUGGAUGCAGUAGCAUUGGAGGAGGAGGAGGAGGAGGAAGAGCCUCAGGAGGCAUCAGCAGUUCCCACUCCUACUCUUCAUCUUCCCAGUCCCAGUCCUGCAGGAGUGGCGGUGAAAGCCAAGGCUAUGGAAGAAAAUCUUUUGAUUAAGAAUAUACACCAAGGAUCCUCCAGUGCAAGACCCUUCAAACAGAAACGCCCGAAUCCGCUGCAUUCCCCGUGCUCCUGAGGAAGGAAGAUGCUCUGAGCAGUUCCUGGGAGUUGCAGAUGCCACCUCUCCCCUGCCCUGCAUGCUCUGUGCUGCUUCUGCCCGCGAUGCUCCGCGGCCCCGGUCACUGGCACUGCAACUGCUGCUUCACAGACCCAACCUGGCCGGUACUCGGGUUGUUCUGAAUCAGGAAAAUGUCUCUAAUAAAAUUUCAUUUCUGUCUGAUGC